UUAACGCUUCUUGAUCCAAGUUCUCACCUUUUUGGUGAGAAUCACUUGAGUUUUUUCAUUCGAACCUGCUGCCCAACCCCGUUUUCAUGAUAAUGAGUAUGGAGAGCGAGGGUCUGGAUCACUGGAGAAGCUACUUUAAGAGUGCGAGCUCGAGCAUUUUUGAGGUGAUCGAGCAUGGAAUCAUGGUGGCGGCUAAGGAUUGUCCAGAGGAGUUCAGGCUCAAGCGAGGUAAGAUUGCGGAGAAGCUUUACUCUUGCCAAUUUGCAGGCAAUUCUGGGUGCGAUUGUGUGGAGGUUUCAAUGAAGAAUGAGGACCUCAAUGUUGAGAAAAGGGAAGGUGGAGGUGACGAGAAAGAGGUGGGUGGCAAUGGUGAUGUUUCCAAGGCUGAUUGUGGACAGAAGACUAAGGAUGACGGCAAUGUACCUGAGCAUGCAGUGAUCCAAAUGAGAAAUCGAAAUGACCCCAAAGGGAAGGCAAUGGAGGAUGAGAAUCACGAGGUUGAUGAAGAGAAUGAAAUACUUGGGGAGGUUCUGAGAAUCAAAGAGCUUAUUACCAGCAGUCCAAAUGAGGUAACAAUGGUAGGUAAGGCAGUCAAUGAUCUGAGGAAGCGCAGUUCCAAACAAACAAGUCAGCUGGCUAAAACACUCAUUGAAGGAUGGCAGCUUGUGGUAGACCAAUGGGUCUCUGCUAUGGAGGCUGUCUCUGCUGUAGAAGCUGUUUCAGGUUCAGCUGCCGACUCCAACCCUUGUGCGGUCGAUGAAAAAGAGCUCCCUUCACUCCCAUUGAAUGAUCAAGAGUUCCCUUCGCUCCCAUGGAAUGAAAAUGAGCUCCUUUUUGUCCCCAUGCGUGAAGAAGAUAUCUUCCCUACUCAAACUGCUUCAGAAGACUGUCUAGAAACAUUCUUUGAUGGCCUUGAUGAGGAUGGAAAUCCCAUAAGCACUGAGGAUGACGAAGGAGAAAGGAUGGAGCAAGAGCCUGCUGUGAAGCCAAUGGAGGUCCCCAAUAUUAAUCUCUCAACUACCAACCUGGGGCCAGGCAGACGUCUAAAACCAAGUUUAGAGACAAAGCUCAAUAAUGAAACCGAGUCUCAGCAGAAGUCUGACAAGUUUGCAAUAACAAAGCGACAGGGAACAAGUCAAUAUGAGAUACUGAAUGGUUCAAAUGAAGCCGCAGUCCUAGGGAAACCCGAAGCCAUGGAGCCAGAGCUGGAGGAAGACCGUCAACAAGCUGAAAAUGCUAAAAAGCCGAGGACAAUGCGCUUCAUGGAUUUCCGCGAUGUCCCUAAACAGGGGCUCCGCAGGAAAAGCCCACGUCCAAGACGCAGGAAUCAACAGUCCCAUUAAAGUUCAUCCCCAACUCUGCCAACUGGUGUGCCUGCAAGCCAAGACUAAUAAGUUGCCUGAUCAGAUAAGAAAAAAACCAUAGAGCUCUGUCCAAAUUAUGCUUAUGGUGGUGUGGACAGGGUCCCCAAAUUGCAAGUCAUCAGGCAUAAUAUGUAGAUCAAUCCUAGUAUCACAGUAUAAGUUGUUGAACAACCUGUGGGCCUCUAAACAAACUUUUGUAAUGAAAAAUAAAAUAAAAUAAA